GUACACCCUCAAACGCGUGCCGUUUCACCGCUCCACACAGACCAUACACCGUUUGUAGAGAGAGAAACACCGAGAAUUCUAGAGAGAGAAAGCUCGAUUCGAUUCUCCAGAAGAGAGAGAGAGAGAGAGAGCGUGUUCUAGAUCUGAUACAGAGUGAAGAUUUGAAUUCUAGGGUUUUCUAGGGUUUGGAAUUGAUUUUUGGUGAGGGAAAAUAAGAAUUAGGGUUUUGAAUGAAUGGAUUCGGGGACUGUAGUUGAAGAUAAGGUAGUUAGAGAGAUACAGAGAUACUCGGAGGGAAAAGUAUACACUAGAAAAAAUUUCAAAGUUUCAGAGGAUAAAGUUAAUUCCUUGGAAGUUGUUCCUCACACUCAUUCUGGUGCUACCACUGCCACCGUCACUGUUGAUGGGACGAAGGAUAACGGGAAUAAUGUUUCGGUUCAACUGUUGGAUAUUGUUUUGGUUCCAGAGGAUGGGAAUUCGGCUCCGCCAGUUGUGAAUUCUGGGUUGGACGUGGUUUCUGAAGAUUCGUCGAGUUUGUGUCGUAGGCAGGAUGAACAUUUUAGUCUUGAUGUUGUUCAGCUGGAAGAUGGUAAUGAUUUGUUAGAACCAGCUCUGAGGAGAUGUGAUGAUAAGAAGAGGUUGGAGAAUGGUGUUAAGAAUGGACUGGCUUCACGGUCGAAGCAAGAGAUGCGGGGGAUUAAGAGGAAGCUUGAGGGCUACCUUGAAACGGUGAGGUCAUUGGUGAUUAGGAUUGAAGAGAAACAACGGAUGGCUGGGAGGUAUGGUGGUGGUUUGAAUGUGUCUGUGGAUCGUUAUAGGGUAGAUAAUGGGAGUGGAGCUAAGCGUGCUCACUCUGAGGUAGCUUCUGCAGGUGUUCCGAGAGAGGCUAAUAGGUUUACACGCCAGUUAAGUGUAAUGGUGUUAGAGAAUGGUCACGGGAUUAGUGAAAGCGUUGAGAAGGAGAAGAGAACACCUAAGGCGAACCAGUUCUAUUCCAAUUCGGAAUUCUUGCUUGCGAAAGAUAAGUUUCCGCCUGCAGAGAGUAACAAGAAGUCAAAAUCACAUGGAAAGAAGCAUGGCGUUGGAGAAAUGGGACAUGGAUUUGGGAUAGUAUCGAAGUAUUUGAAGAACUGUAGCUCAUUGCUUGAAAAGUUGAUGAAACACAAGCACGGUUGGGUGUUUAAUACUCCAGUGGAUGUUGAACGUCUUGGUUUGCAUGAUUAUUUUAUCAUCAUUUCACAGCCGAUGGACUUGGGUACUGUGAAGUCGAGGCUGAGCAAGAAUUGGUACAAAUCACCAAAGGAGUUUGCGGAGGAUGUGAGACUUACUUUUCAUAAUGCCAUGACAUAUAAUCCUAAAGGACAAGAUGUUCAUGUGAUGGCGGAGGAGCUAUCAGCAUUAUUCGAGGAAAGAUGGGCCAUUAUAGAGUCAAAUUACAAUCAUGAGAUGAGGUAUGGCUUGGAUUAUGGGCCCGCUAUAUCUGCACCUUCUCCUCUGUCUAGAAAGACUCCUGCUUUGCGGCCUCCGCCUCUUGACAUGAGGAAUCUGGAUAGGUCAGAAUCAAUAACCAACACUCGAAAUCCCUUGAGCUUGACUCGUUCAGUUCGAACUCCUGCUCCAAAAAAGCCGAAGGCUAACGAUCCUGAUAAAAGAGACAUGACAUACGAGGAAAAGCAAAAACUUAGCAUACAUCUUCAGAAUCUACCACCUGAAAAACUAGAUGCUAUUGUACAGAUCAUUAAGAAACGAAAUUCAGCACUUUCCCAACAUGAUGAUGAAAUUGAAGUGGACAUUGAUAGUGUGGAUGCAGAGACUCUUUGGGAGCUUGACAGAUAUGUUACCAACUAUAAGAAAAGUUUGAGUAAAUACAAGAGGAAGGCCGAACUUGCUAUUCAAGCUAGAGCAGAAGCUGAGCGAAUUGCCCAGCAGAAGAGCCAAGAACCACCAGUUAUAGUUGAUUCCCCGAGAGAAAGACAAGCAGAUGAAAGAAAUGCUUCCCCGUCCUUGGCUGUGCAAGGGGAAAUUCGAGUCGAUAAUAAUGGGAAUAAGACAAGUAGCUCAAGCAGCUCAAGCAGUGAUUCCGGCUCUUCAACAAGUGAUUCUGAUAGUGAUAGCUCCUCAUCGUCUGGGUCUGAUUCAGGGUCACAGUGAACCUAAAUACCUCCUAAGAUGUCAGAUAUUUAGAUUAGAUAGUGUUGCAAUGCUUGUCAAGUUGAUUCUUUUGAAGCUUCCAGAUUAUGGAUCUGAAUUUGGCAUUUGGUUUGCAGAGAAAGCUUCUGAAGGCGACUAUGAUCUCCUAAUGUGCAGAGAAUCUUUUUCUCUCAUUUCAUAAAACUGUUGAUCCGUUGCAAUUUAUGUGGCCUUAUUUGCGAAAGCACGCACUUGUAUAAUAUUUUGUAGAAUGUGAAGAUAACUAGAUAGUUUUUUGUAGGAGUGUACAUCGCUAACUACUGUUAACUACUUACUACUCGUGAAGUUCCAUUGAUGAAUUGUUAUUUUGUGCUAGCAGAUUCAGGAUUCUAGGUGUUAUAUCAAAGUAAAAUUGUAAUUCCAAGUUCUUCAAGUCAUUAUUGGUUUACAUGAAAUCUUAUUCUGUACA